AUUUUUGGAAAUUAUUUUGAAGGUGACUUGGCUUGCUUCUGUAUUUUCUACAUUCUCUUCCAUGCAUUGAGAACUGCCUGAAUUAGCAUUCCCUUCCUCCUCUUUCAUAAACUGUCUAACAUUAGCUAGUUUCUUUGCAUCUUUCUCUUCUUCUUGUUCAGGCAAAAGUAUGUACAAUUAAGCUGAUAAUUAGCGUUAUUUGUUAUGACAUUGUAUAGACAUUCUCAAAAAUUCAACUAUCCUUUGUCUCUUCAUAGGGUUGAUGUUCUUGUUUCAUACCUUCUCUGCUUUGGCAAAUAAAUUUGUAUUGAUUCAUAACAUUUUAGGAUUUUUGAGUAGGAUAUGCUUUGCAGCAUUUGUCAUCUACUAUCUUUGGCUGCUGUGUGACCCAGUAACACUAUACUUUUGGAUGUUGGCUUUUGGUUUUUCAAUAAGAACGAAAAAAUGGUGAAGAUCUGCUGUAUUGGAGCCGGAUAUGUUGGAGGUCCUACCAUGGCAGUCAUUGCCCUGAAGUGCCCCAAAAUUGAGGUGGCUGUUGUUGAUAUCUCUGUGGCUAGAAUCACAGCCUGGAACAGUGAUCAGUUGCCGAUAUACGAGCCAGGCCUUGAUGAAGUGGUGAAGCAGUGCAGAGGAAAGAAUCUCUUCUUCAGUACUGAUGUUGAAAAGCAUGUCUCAGAAGCAGACAUCAUCUUUGUUUCUGUUAACACCCCAACAAAAACCAGGGGCCUUGGGGCUGGAAAAGCUGCAGAUCUUACCUAUUGGGAAAGCGCAGCUCGAAUGAUUGCUGAUGUAUCGAAAUCUGAUAAGAUUGUAGUUGAGAAGUCCACGGUUCCUGUGAAAACAGCCGAAGCGAUUGAGAAAAUUCUUACUCACAAUAGCAAGGGUAUCAACUAUCAGAUCCUAUCAAAUCCAGAAUUCCUUGCUGAGGGCACUGCAAUUGAGGAUCUUUUCAAGCCUGAUCGUGUUCUCAUUGGAGGCCGAGAAACACCCGAGGGUCAGAAGGCAAUUCAGGCACUGAAAGCAGUUUACGCUCAUUGGGUACCCGAAGAGAGGAUCAUUUGUACCAAUCUCUGGUCAGCUGAGCUCUCAAAGCUCGCGGCCAAUGCUUUCUUGGCCCAAAGGAUCUCAUCAGUUAAUGCCAUGUCAGCCCUCUGUGAAGCAACAGGGGCAGAUGUGUCAGAGGUUUCCCAUGCUGUUGGCAAGGACACCAGAAUUGGCCCUAAAUUUCUGAAUGCCAGUGUUGGUUUUGGAGGUUCUUGUUUCCAGAAGGAUAUUCUGAACUUGGUUUACAUAUGUGAAUGCAAUGGCCUGUCAGAAGUUGCUAGCUACUGGAAACAAGUGAUCAAAGUAAACGACUACCAAAAGAGCAGAUUCGUCAACAGGGUUGUGUCCUCUAUGUUUAACACAGUUGCUGGGAAGAAGAUUGCCAUCUUUGGAUUUGCUUUCAAGAAAGAUACAGGUGACACAAGGGAGACUCCUGCAAUUGAUGUCUGCAAGGGCUUGAUUACAGAUAAGGCUCGCCUGAGCAUCUAUGAUCCACAGGUCAGUGAGGAUCAGAUUCAGAGGGAUCUGUCCAUGAACAAGUUUGAUUGGGAUCAUCCGAUCCACCUCCAACCAAUGAGCCCUUCUGCAGUGAAACAAGUCAGUGUGGUUUGGGAUGCUUAUGAGGCAGCAAAGGAUGCUCAUGGACUCUGCAUUCUUACCGAAUGGGAUGAAUUCAAAUCGCUCGACUACAAGAGGAUUUAUGAUAACAUGCAGAAGCCUGCAUUUGUGUUUGAUGGUAGGAAUGUCGUCGAUGUGGCCAAGCUAAGAGAAAUCGGAUUCAUUGUCUACUCCAUUGGUAAACCAUUGGAUGCAUGGCUCAAGGAUAUGCCUGCUGUGGCAUAAGCAUGUUUUUCUUCCCAACAGAUAAGGUGCUGCUAGGGUUUGAAGAUCCUGAAAGAAGACCCAGAUUUUUUGAAUUUUAUUUUUUUUUGGUUCUUCCCCAUGAAUUCCAAAACUAUUGUUGCCAACUAGUUUGGCUUUAGAUUAUCUUUGUUUUUUACUUGUUUAUCAUUUUGUUUAGAUUAUCAAUUGUUAUAUGCACUCAUAUUAUAAUAAUAAAUGAUUGAUUUCUUCGAUCAA